ACUAUAUGCCAUCCAUGUGGCAUCGUUGUGUUGUUGUUAUUAAUCAGCAAAGCAACGAAAGUAGAAAUUUGGAAAGAUGUUUGAGCUAAAUAUGGAGCUAAAGAAACUCAGGGAACUGGAACUUAAGACCAAAGGUCUUGCCGCCAGAAUACAAACUACCAAAAAUUGUGAUGGUGAGGUAGACGUCGAUUUAAUUCAGCUUCAAAUUGAGAACAAGAAGCUUAAGAACCGUCUGUUUAUUCUGAAGAAGUCCAUAGCUGAAGAAUCAACAGCCGGCGGCAUGCAGCUCAAGGAUUGUUCUUCGAUCACUGAGCACUUGGAAAGCUUGUUUGCCCAGGCAAUUGCAUCAGCUUUUCCAAAAUAUAGUGAUACACCUGUCGUAAUUGCUCCGGUAAAUAGUUCCUCUGCAAAAUUCGGAGACUACCAGUGCAACAACGCAAUGGGAUUGUCGAAGAAAUUUAAAGAAUCCGGCAUUAAUAAGAAUCCACGUGAAAUUGCAACCGAGCUAAAAGGACACUGCCCAUCAUCACCAAUUAUAGAAAAGCUGGAGGUAGCUGGGGCUGGAUUUGUGAAUGUUUUUCUAAGCAAAGAUUUUGCAGCUCUUGCCUUAAGCAAUUUAUUGCGCAACGGAGUUAAACCGCCACAAGUGCCGAAGAAACGUGUUUUGGUCGACUUCUCCUCGCCCAACAUCGCCAAACAAAUGCAUGUUGGUCAUUUGCGAUCCACAAUUAUUGGCGAAUCGGUAUGUCGGCUUCUAGAAUUUCUUCAGCACGACGUGAUCCGUGUCAAUCAUCUUGGUGAUUGGGGAACACAGUUUGGCAUGCUAAUUGCCCAUUUAGAAGAUCGUUUUCCCAAUUAUCUCAAUGAAAGCCCACCGAUUAGUGAUUUACAAUUAUUUUACAAGGAAUCCAAGAAGCGAUUCGAUGAGGACGAAGAGUUCAAAAAGCGCGCUUACAGUCGAGUGGUUUCAUUGCAGAAAGGUGUGCCUAACUCCAUAAAAGCUUGGGAACUAAUUUGCAAUGUUUCUCGAAAAGAAUUCCAAACAAUUUACGAACGAUUAGAUAUUAGCAUUAAGGAACGUGGUGAAUCAUUCUAUCAAUCACGUAUGCUGUCGGUAGUUGAAUAUUUACGAGGAAAGGCUUUGCUGGAAGAGGAUGAAGGUCGUGAGAUCAUGUGGCCUGACGAUACAAAGACUGGUAUUCCGUUGACAAUCGUAAAAUCAGACGGUGGCUUUACCUAUGACACUUCUGAUAUGGCGGCUAUCCGUCACCGCGUCGAGGAAGAACUUUGCGAUUGGAUUAUCUAUGUUGUUGACUCUGGACAAAGUACUCAUUUUAACACAAUUUUUAAAGCUGCGGAACGCUGUGCCAUAUUAAAGCCACGCAGCCAUCGUGUGGACCAUGUUCAGUUUGGCGUAGUUCUGGGCGAGGAUGGAAAGAAAUUCAAAACUCGAUCGGGUGAUACUGUUAAACUUGCCGAUUUACUUGAUGAAGGAAUGAAACGGUCUUUGCAACAAUUGGAAAGUCGAGGACGCGAUAAGGUUCUUACACCUCAAGAGUUAAAAGACGCCCAACAGUCCUUGGCUUAUGGUUGCAUUAAGUAUUCCGAUUUAUGUCAUAACCGGAUUAGCGACUAUAUAUUCUCAUUCGAUAAGAUGCUUGAGGACCGCGGCAAUACUGCGGUUUAUUUACUUUAUACAUAUACACGCAUUUGUUCUAUUGCGCGUAACUCCGGUGAAGACUUUUCUAAUUUGUCUGAAAUACUCAAGAAGGUCAAGAUUGAACUGACCCACGAAAAAGAGUGGAAACUAGCAAAAACUCUUUUGAAAUUGCACGACAUACUGAUUAAGUGCUCAAAGGAACUUUUUCUGCAUUUUUUGUGUGAAUUCUGCUAUGAGGUGUGCACUGUUUUCACUGAGUUUUACGACUCUUGUUAUUGCAUUGAAAAAAACAAACUGGGCGAAAUUAUUGAAGUAAACCACAGCCGCAUUUUGCUGUGCGAGGCAACUGCAGCUGUGCUGCGUCAAUGCUUCUAUAUACUAGGCCUAAAACCAGUUUCAAAAAUGUAAACUUUUGACGUCUGGCAUAAAAUGUAAACGAAUAAAAAUUGAAAUUUUUGAAGCAAAAUUAAUAAUGUUGGAAAGAGUGGGGUAGUUUGCUAGAUCUAUCUAUAAAUAUAUAUAUCAAAAACUUCAUCUAAAAUUUGCACCGGCGAGCCAGCCAAUAAGCAUUUAAAUAGCCAUUUCUUAUAAAAAGUGUGAAAAUCGGUCAUAAAAUAGAUUUCUAGAAAUCAACCU